GCGUGAGCGGGCAGCAUGGGGUUCACGGUGGCGAGCCUGAAGGAGGCUAUCAAGUACAUGGUGGAGUCGCAGGGCUUCGACCGGGUGCUCCGCAAGAUGAAAAUUCUUUCUGCAACUCCCGGAAAAAUUGUUUGUGAAAUGAAAGUAGAGGAGGAGCAUACAAACAGAGGUGGCACAUUACACGGAGGUUUGACAGCCACACUUGUGGAUGUGGUGUCAACAGCAGCAUUGAUGUACACAGAAAGAGCAGUGCCCGGGGUCAGUGUGGACAUGAACAUCACAUACACUUCUGCUGCUAAGAUUGGAGAAGAGAUACUGAUUACAGCUCAGAUUUUGAAGCAAGGAAGAAACAUUGCAUUUGCCAGCGUGGAUUUAACAAAUAAGGCAACAGGAAAGUUAAUUGCACAAGGCAGACAUACAAAGUAUCUAGGAAAUUAAUAUAAGAAAGCAAUUUAAAAAAUAAUAAUGUUGGGCUUAAGAAUCCCAUAUAGAAUGAUUGUCUCAUUUAUGCAAUAAGACAUCAUCUGCACAAAGUUGUGAUAGUCUAUAUAAAGUGAAGUUGUCUCACUCCCAUAAUACGUGAACAAAUUUCUUAAUUACCACCAGAAUUGCUACAAGUCUAAAAUUAGUGCCUAUUUUCGGAUGAACAACGGAGUGUGAUAGCAUGGGGAUGCAUCUGGCUUUUUUUGGUCAAGAGAGCAGAAGGGAAGAGCCUUUGGACCAGCCAUAUGGUUUACCAGCAUGACAGCAUUUUAAGAGAUCUGUUUUCUUUGCCUGUGGUGGUGGUGUGUGACAAAGCAACCCUGCCUUCGGGCCCAUCAGUCACAUUCAAACAACACUAUAUAUGUUUGCACACUAAACUACUUGUUCUGUGAGAUGGUAGUACAGAGUUCCUAUAACAUAGUGUGAAACUGGUUUGAAAGUGUAAAGCAGGCUAAUACAAAAUGUAAUUUACAAUUAACUGAUGCUGUAACAAAUUCAAAAGUAUUCAAUAAAGCUUUCUGAAACUA